AUUAAUUCUUUUCACGUCUCUAGCAUGACACUGUACAGAAAUUGCUCUCUAUUCCGGAAGAUCAUCUCUACCUGAGUGAUAAUACCCGAUCAAAAUUUAUUUCAAGCCGGGUCAGGCAUCUUCGACCUCAAUAUAUGUGCACGUACAAGAGCAAGAAACAACCUCAUUUAUUAAUCAGAACGUGGGCUCGUGUUUGCAUUUAAAUGAACCUGAUUUGAAUAUCCCAAGGAUCAGUGAAUAAAAACAACAGCAUUUGCCAGAGAGCCUUUGAAAAGGCGUGUUUACCGAGUCGCAUGCUUAAAGAAGUCAUUGUUGACGAAGCAAACCCUACAGGAUGUCGUCUUCAGUAACGCCAAGAACCACGCGAACCCCCGUGGAAAGAUCGAGGAGAUGGAGCGCUCCUCCGCGACAGAAGGUAGUCGGACGCUCGGUUCGAUCUCCCGAUGAAGUGGUCCGGGACGUUCGAGGUCUAAAGAUGCGCCAAAGAGUUUCUUUGGCUCUCAGCGAUGACAUUCUGCGGGGAGAAUUGGAGGACAUGUUAUCCACUCACAAUGAAAAGUCGAUGAACGCAGACUCUUUCCGCACGUAUCAAGACUUCUUGAUCCCCUCGGGAGGCUUUUAUGGCGGUGGUCUUGGGGGUAUGUCCGCCAACGUUAUCUCAGACAUCAGAGGGGCGGACACAUUGCACUAUUCCAAAUUUGAAAGGCAAUUGCGGUGUAAGGUGGCAUCUGUCUAUCGCCUGAUACAGCUGUUUGGAUGGGGAAAAGGAAUCUCCGAUCGAGCUGCAUUUACGGUUUCUGCGUCUGAAAAUGACAAUGAUGAGCAUCAGUAUUUUGUUGCUCCCACUGGUUUGUUGUUCAGUGAGGUGACUGCAUCUUCCAUUUUGAAGGUAGACCAUAAGGGAAAUGUAAUGGAAACAGGAAACACAAAUCUUGGGCUCUAUAAGUCAGCAUUUGAGCUCCAUGCUGUCAUACACUCAACAAGGAAAGAUGCCAAGUGUGUCAUUUUUUUGUCAGCUGAAGCGGUGAAAGCUGUUUCUGCACAAAAGAGAGGAUUGGUACCAAUCACUCAGGAAGGAAUUGCAGUUGGAGAAGUUUCUUAUCAUGCUUUUCCUGGGUUGAAGCUGGAUGAAGAAACACAAGAUUCCUUAAUCAACAGCUUUGGACCAUCAAGCAGGGUUUUAGUUUUAAGGAACUUUGGUGCUAUUUGUGUUGGGGAGACCAUAGAAGAGACUACAUAUCUGGCUUACCUGCUUGUUACCGCUUGUGAACAACAGGUAUCUGCAAUGCGCGCAGGAAUGGACGAGCUGUUGGAGAUUGAUGAUGAUGGCAAAGAAAGCAUGAUGAAUUCAUUUUAUGGAGGUUUAGAUGCAAAUGAGAACCAACAAAAGAUGGCCGAGCUUCAAUUUGAGGCCUGGAUGCGAAUGCUUGACUCCAGGGGUUGCAAGACUGGUUACAAUUACCGCAACCCUGAGAUCUUUAAAUCAGAAGAAAAGGAAGCUAAAUCACGCGAGACAACACCAGCUAAGACUUCCACAACUCGUACGGAGAUGACAAUCUACCGUGACGCUAACGUACGCCGCACAGCCUCCCUUGGACGAGGAAACACCUACAGGAGUCGCCUGAAGUGGCUGAAUUCACCUGUGAAGGCCACCGAGUACAAAAGAGAACGGGAGCUGGACAACUCUGAGCCGGUGCUUAUUAAAGACAGACAACCUGAGAAAGAUAACAAGGACGAGGAGGAAGUGUUUAUCACCACCAAAGUCGUUUCAGUGAACCAGUCUGCGCCAGUCCUACCCACAAGUGAUCAGGAGAGCCAAGAGGUCACGGAGGAAGUGGUGACGUAUGUAAAGGCACAGGAGAGGCACUUUGAACCUCAGGAAGUCAAGGUGUUCUUGGAUGACUCCCAAGAUAGCCUGGACGCAAGUGGCGAGCGCACUGGUCCCGUGAUUGUGGAGAUAAAGCGAGAACCGGUGGGCCUUGUGCGAAGGAAGUCUGGGAACAAAGUGAAGAAGCGACGAAGUUUCCGAGAGAAGUUUACUAAAAGGCUGAGCAGUGGACAGUAGACACGUUAUGCUACAGUUUUCUGAUGUUUCCAUCACUUGGUAUGUUUUAAACAAUUUAGUGCAAUACGCUGAACUGUGCUCCUUGGCGAGGGUAAGGAGUAAUUAUCUGUUUUUGGAGGUUGUAAGAACAAUAAUUUCGGUCAUAGAGGAAACCAAAGGUUGAUGUUGUCUGCGCUUUUGUAGUUCAGGUAAAUCAGAAUUCUGGUGAGCGAACCAAUUAAAAUUUCCAACUAAGGUUGAAUAUGCGUGGAAAAAAUUCCGUUUUUAUGCGUUUUUAGAAUGGGGAACUUUUUUCUUCUUGAAGAAAGCCACGUUAUUUUAAACUCAAAAGAAGAGGAAGAACUCACUAGAACUCGGUCAUUACACGCAGUGCUCUUACACACGCUAUCUGUACGUAGUCUAUGCGCCCGCCUUUGUGGUUUUUAUUACACGCUCAUCAGGCACAAUACGCACAUUCCCCGUUUUUGUUUGCAAUGUUAUUAAGAGAGAUCUCAAACCACGUUUACGCAAAAGAAGAGUAAAAAUAAUCUUUUGUAACAAUAAUGUGUAGUAUCUGCAUCUGUCUUAAAGGAGAUAUUUUUGUAGUUUUCUGUUAAACCUACUAAGAAGGAUGAGGAAAUUUAAGGAAUUUAUAGGUAAAUUUUGCUGUUCGUGUUUGCUGCAAACGUGGCAUUGUGCAUACGCCUCGUGCGUGAAUAGUGCAGCUCAGAUGAGAUAUGUCAAAUCUUUCCUUUCAUAGAGUGGGACUCGUGUUAUAUACUCGAGCAUUUUUAUAAAAGUGGAUUUUUGACUUUUUAAAAUGACAUUUUGAGGCAUGCGACAGUUAUGCAGCAUAGUUUUAUCUUAGGGGUGCGUUUUAACAUCAUAUAAUGCCCAGAGUUUGUGCUGCGAAAGUUUGAAACCUAAAGCUUUCGAGAUAUCUCUAGAAUUGACAAAAAUAACGUAUUUUCAAUUGAAAGUUGCUUUCGUCUUUCUUCUUCAUUGUUUGGUGUUUACUUUUUAGCUUUUAAACUGUUUUAAUGCUCGUUGCACUUUUAUUGUUUAAUUGUUCACUAUGUUGUCGUCACUAGGUUUUGAUAUUUACAAUCAGUGAUACUGGUAGAAUAAUUAAAUAACCAGUAUUGGCCAUUAUGCAUUGUGCGCCUCUGUUUUUGUUAUGGUUUUCACGAGAGCGAGGGUUUCAAUGUUUUCCCAAAGCUUGUGGAAGAACCACAUCGACUUAAUGGCCACCGAUGGCAAACGCCGCGCGUAGUGCACACUGGUCAAAACUGGGUCUUAAAUUAACCUACAUCAUUCCUCAAGAAAGGGGUUUAAAACGACUUUUAAAGUUAAUCUGUAAGAGAUGACCAUGGAGCUUGUUCAAAGAAAUUGUUAUUUAGUUUGCUAAUGUAAUGAACAGGCCAUGUGUUUGCUUUUGUUGCUGUUGUUGGUUUUUUUUUCACUUUUUUUUCUUGCAAAAUGCUUUUUUCCCAUAUUUGCCUUUUAAUUACAGUGAAACUCUGGAAACGAUUAAAAAAAAAGAAAUAUUUCACAUUGUCGGAUGUCAGUAUGCAUGGUCUAGUAAGGCUCGUUUAAAGUUAAUUCAACACAGUGUAACGGUAUUCGGAAGCGUAAUAACAUUAAGGUAAUUCUGUCAAUAUUGUUUAUUUUAACUUACAUCCAAGGAUCAUACAUCUUACUGAAUUUUUACGCAAUAUAACGCCGAGAAAAAAAGGGAAACAAUUUUCAAGUGUUUCGAAGUAAAUGGGUAGUAUCAUGAUAGACUCCUGAUAAAAAGAGGGAAACCAUUAAAAAAUCUACCAAUCAGUCAGCUAAUUGUCAGGUUUUUAUGUUACGUAUGUACUGUUACAGUGGUCACUUAAAGAGAGGAAAUGUGUUAAGCUAUCGUAGUGCCUGUUGUAGUUUGUUUUAGUAACAAUGGAAUUGUACAUUACCAUUAAAAGCUCCUU